GAGCGGGUCCAGGGACAGAGAGAGUCAACCCGGCGGAGAGCUUCACCCCGGGCCGGUAGAGGAUCCAGAUCCAGUCCGGGGACGUGCAGCUCGGUUCGGGAGCUGCUGGUCGUGUCUGCGGUUCUCCUCCUCCGGAUCCAGUCACGGAGCCAGCCCGACGGCUAGCCGCGGAGCUAAGCUAAGCUAACGGCUAGCCGGGCCAGCUAGCUGCUCGGUGACCGGACUGCGGGCGUCAGCGGCGGACAGAGGGAGCAGCUCGGCUCGGGGACACGCGGCGUGUUCCUGGGUGGACUCUGAUCCCGGAUCACAGCCUUGACACGGCUCCUGUUGGUCUGGUUCGGGGUCUCUGUUAGCUCGGACCCAGCGGCUCUAGCAGCAGCUUCAGCCCGCCUCUCAAUCACUGCAGCCGCAUGAACCGAGCUCCGGGCCGCCGGAGGAGAAGCGUGUUGUCCCGCAGCAGCCUGCAGCCUGUCGGUCAGAUGCUCGUUAUAUAACCGGCUGAUGCACCGACCUGUUGGGCGCUCUGACCCCGGGCCUGUGUUCACAUAAACGGGUUAAUCUGCAGCUCACUCACGGUGCUUUAUGUGCCACAUUUUAUCUCGGUAGACCGGGACCAAGUGGUGGCAGAGUGGACCGGGACAUGUCUCCGGGACUCUGUGUCCACCAGCAAUUAGUUUGAAGGGACGUUAAUCCGGUUGGUUCGGUGGAUUAUCAGUAAAAUCUAGUUCUGUCUGUGAUCCACCAUGGGAUCAGCCACCAAACUGGCCUUCAGUGUGUUCCUCAUCUCCUGCUCCUCAGGUGCCAUCUUGGGACGCUCGGACUCUCAGAAGUGCGUCCACUAUAACUACAACCCUUCGUCGUUCUCGGGGUCGGAGGGUCGGGGGAACCUCAGCGCAGUGGUCACCUGCUCUGGAGACAAAGAUAAGAGACUUCACUGCUUUGCCACCUGGAAGAACGUGUCGGGAGCGGUGCAGGUGGUCAAACAGGGCUGCUGGCUGGACGACGUCAACUGUUACGACAGGAGUGAGUGUGUGGAGAGGAAAGAUGAUCCUGACGUUUUCUUCUGCUGUUGUGAAGGAAGUUUGUGUAAUGACAAGUUCUUCUACAGCCCCGACAACCAUCCCAUCACACCCUCGACCAACCAGCCAGUGACGGCGAAGCCUCCGGUGCUGACCACGCUGAUGUACUCGCUGGUUCCCAUCAUGGCCGUCACCGCCAUUGUCCUCUUCUCCUUCUGGAUGUACCGACACCACAAACUGGCCUACCCACCUGUCCUGGUGCCCACACAGCACGCCUUUCAUAUAAUGAUCGAGGACCCCGGGCCCCUGCCCCCCUCCCCCCUGCUGGGCCAGAAACCCCUGCAGUUACUGGAGCUGAAGGCCAGGGGGCGCUUUGGCUGCGUCUGGAAGGCUCAGCUGCUCACACAACACGUGGCCGUCAAAGUCUUCCCCAUCCAGGAUAAGCAGUCGUGGCAGAACGAGUAUGACAUCUUCACGCUGAGCGGGAUGAGACAUGACAACCUGCUGCACUUCAUCGGCGCCGAGAAGAGAGGAAGUGGUGGCGAGCUGGAGCUGUGGCUCAUCACCGCCUACCACGAGAAGGGUUCUCUGACGGACUACCUGAAGGCCAACGUCCUGUCCUGGUCAGAACUCUGUCUCAUCGCCCAGUCCAUGUCCCGAGGACUGGCCUACCUGCACGAGGACAUACCUGGACACAAGGACGGACACAAACCUGCCGUCGCACACAGGGACUUUAAGAGUAAGAAUGUGCUGCUGAAGUCCAACCUGACCGCCUGCAUCGCCGACUUCGGCCUCGCUCUCAGGUUUGAGGCGGGAAAAUCACCUGGAGACACACACGGACAGGUGGGGACCAGGAGGUACAUGGCCCCAGAGGUCCUCGAGGGCGCCAUCAACUUCCAGAGGGACGCCUUCCUGAGGAUAGACAUGUACGCUGUGGGACUGGUCCUGUGGGAGCUGGCAUCCCGCUGCAAAGCUGCUGACGGGCCGUUGGACGAGUACAUGCUGCCGUUUGAGGAGGAGGUGGGACAGCAUCCGUCUCUGGAGGACAUGCAGGAAGUCGUCGUCCACAAGAAGCUGAGACCAUCUCUGAGGGACACCUGGCAGAAACACACCGGCCUGGCGGCGCUCUGUGAGACCAUCGAGGAGUGCUGGGACCACGAGGCGGAGGCGCGGCUGUCGGCGGGCUGCGUGGAGGAGCGGGUCGUGCAGAUGCAGCGGCAGACGAGCGCCACGGCGCCGGAGGAGAUCGUCACGGUCGUCACCAUGGUAACGAACGUGGACUACCCGCCCAAAGAGUCGAGUCUAUGACGAGGACUUUCGGCGACUCGGUGCUCAGGUGACCCGCAGGUGAGCCUGAGGAAGACGACAUCAGUUCCUGUUUUGUAUUACAAAGUAAAAGACUUCCUGGACAGAUUUUCUACAAUAAUGUGAUUUCAGAAUAAAAGGGCGACUGUAGUGAUGACGAACAACAAACAGCUUCUGAAUGUUUCUCUGCUGUAUGUACAGAAAUAUAAAUACACAUUAUUAUUAUUAUUAUUGUUAUUGUUAUUGUUGUUGUUGUUGUAUAUUCAAUCAUCAGUUAUUGAUCAGGAGAAACUGAACAGAAUGAUGUGAAACACAGAAGAUAAAAUUAUUUAUUCAUUUAAAAACUGGUUCAUUUAAUUUUAUUGGUUUUAAAACCUGUAAACUUUAAAUUAUUAAACCACAUUAUGUGUUUCUGUCAUUUGGAUUAUUUUGG